CAGAAUGCACAAACCGUGGGUGACUCUGAAUAUUUUUAUGGUGUCUUUUCUGCAUCUGCUGCAAGGAUCUGAUUAUGAGAAUGGAUCUGUGAAGAGGACGUCUCUGUCAGCAUUAGAGCGGUCAGAACAGCAGAUCAGGAGAGCAUCCAGCCUGGAAGAGCUGCUUCGAAUCACUCAUUCUGAGGACUGGAAGCUGUGGAAAUGCAGGCUAAAACUCAAAAACCUGGCCAAUUUAGACUCCCGCUCUGCGUCACAUCGCUCCACCAGAUUUGCUGCUGCUUUCUAUGAUAUUGAUACACUAAAAGUGAUAGAUGAAGAAUGGCAGAAGACUCAAUGUGUGCCACGGGAAACCUGUGUGGAAGUUGCCAAAGAGCUGGGUACAACAACCAACAAAUUCUUCAAGCCUCCCUGUGUGAACGUGUUCAGAUGUGGAGGCUGCUGCAAUGAGGAGAGUCUGAGCUGCAUGAACACAAGUACAACUUACGUGUCAAAAACGCUCUUUGAGAUCUCAGUUCCCUUGACAAGUGUUCCAGAGCCUGUUCCAAUCAAAAUUGCCAAUCAUACAGGCUGUAAGUGUAUAUCGAAUACCCAACGUCAUCAGUAUGCCAUCAUACGAAGAUCUGUCCAGUACCCUGAAGAAGAUGGAUGUCCCUUUGCCAACAAACUUUGCCAUAAUGGAUGGGUAUGGGAUAGUGACAAAUGUGAAUGCGUUGUAGAUGCACAGCACCCCAACAGACGGGAAGGACUCCCUCCUCUUGCUGAGCUGGCUAUGUGUGGACAACAUAUGGAAUUUGAUGAAGAUAACUGUGAAUGUAUCUGUAGACAGAAAUGUCCCACGGACUUCUUUCAAAGCAAGGAGAACUGCAGCUGCUAUUUGUGUAGGGAGAGCCAGGAGAGUUGUGCUCAGAAACACAAGAUAUUUCAUGCCGAAACCUGCAGCUGUGAGGACAAAUGUCCAUCCCAACCCCGAACAUGCCCAACUGCAAAACCAGUAUGUUCCAGGCAUUGUCGUUGUCCAAAGGAGAAGAGAGGUUCUCAUGGGUCCCAAAGCAAAGAAAAUCCUUGACCAAACUUACCUUCUUCUCCAGCAAUCCACUGCUUCGCAAAGUAGCUGUCACUGACUUUCGAUAAAUAGUAAACAUGGACAUCUUCCACAUUAAUAGCAGAAGAAUGGAUCCAGGCUGCACUUAUUUAUUAAUCACUAACUGCAAUUGGGUCCUCUAGGACAUUGAUUACUAUUCUCUAAGAGGUACCAACAACUGAUGAAUUGUUGGCUGUCUGGAAGGAUGAGUGGAAAGAGACAGUUCCAUGGUGGAUUAUGAAAGGUGAAGCUGGUUUAUUGGUGAUAGAGUCACAGU